GCCGAACACAACCCAAACUCUGCAAUAGUUCUCGUAUUACGGAGCGACUGCAUCGCAGCCGGCUACCUAACGUCGAUGAAUCAUAAGUGAUGAAUUAUUUGUGACCACAAGAUGGCAGAAGACGAACGUUUUGCUGGGCACCGGGCAGUUCAUCCUCCAAGCAUUCGGAGUCUAACAGAAAUCAUCAAAGAUUUAAAAAUUGAUAUGAGCGAUGAAGAACUGCAAGAACAUCAAGAUGUGAUCGCACGCUUUUGUGAAACAACCUUCCAGAGGAUAUACGAUUUUCCUGAACCAAAGUUGCCAGUGAAGUAUCCUCGUAAAACUGGAAAUCAGCCUACUGUAGAAGAAAAUCCAUUUAAUGCUUGGUACUGGAAGUGUGAUAUUUCAGGCGCUCCCGAGGGUAAACUACUUGGUAAAACCAUCGCAAUAAAAGAUAAUAUCCCAGUUGCUGGUAUUCCAAUGAUGAAUGGAUCGCAACUUUUGGAGGGUUAUAUUCCAGAUAUUGAUGCCACUGUUGUGACCAGAGUGUUGGAUGAAGGCGGACGAAUUCUCGGCAAAGCCGUCUGUGAAAAUUUGUGCUACAGUGCAGGAAGCUUCACAUCUGCAAAUGGUCUUGUGAGGAACCCUUUGGAUCCAUCAAGAAUGGCCGGAGGAUCAUCCUCGGGAUGUGCUGUGUUGAUAGCCAAUAAGAACGUAGACAUGGCUAUAGGAGGAGAUCAGGGGGGCUCGAUACGCAUACCAGCGGCAGCAUGUGGAAUUGUGGGAUUGAAACCAACAUUCGGGUUGGUGCCUUACACUGGCAUUACAAGUUUUGAACCAACUGUAGAUCAUACUGGACCCAUGGCGAUGACAGUAAAAGAUACAGCGUUACUUUUGGAGGUAAUAGCUGGUUACGAUGAUGGUUUGGAUCAUCGUCAACCACGUGAUAUUAAGAUUCCUAGCUAUACAAAGGGGCUAACAGGUGAGAUUGAGGGUAUACGCGUGGGCUUAGUAAAAGAAGGAUUUGAUAUAAGUGAGAAAGAUGUUAAUGACCUGGUGAGAAAAUCAGCUGAGAGACUAAGUGAGAAAGGCGCAGUGGUUGAAGAUGUCUCAAUACCAUGGCACUUGGAUGGACCUGAUUUGCUUAACGGCAUUUCGUUAUUCAAUGUCGCUGCCCUUUUUGAAGGCGAGUGUUCAGCAACUCAGGGAUAUCACAAUACGCACCUGCAACUUGCUUUGACGCGUGGAUUAAAGUGCCACCCUAAUGACAACGACCCCUUGGUCAAAAACGCCCUGGUGUGUUACAGAUACCUCCGUAACAAUUAUUAUAGCGGGUAUUAUUAUAGCAAAUGCCAAAAUUUACGACGAGAUCUACGUGAAGCAUAUGAUGACGCGUUCAAGAAAUAUGAUGUCCUCAUAAUGCCGACUAUUCCUAAGAAACCAUCAGAAUUUCCUUCAAAGAAUCCUUCACUUUCUGAAUAUAUUGAGAAAGCCUUGGAAGUGUGCAACAACGCAUGUCCAUUUGAUGCCUCUGGUCAUCCAUCAUUGUCGAUCAACGCUGGAUUUUUACAAGGGUUACCUGUGGGAAUGAUGAUCACUGGUAAAAUGUUUGAUGAAGAAACAGUCCUGAAUGUGGCGUAUGCGUUUGAACAGCUACGGGAUAAUGCAUAAACUAUAUUAAACGAGAUGGUGUUUUAUCUUGCUUGCUUGUUAACUCAAUCUCAAUGCAAUAGUUCACAAUACUGAAUGUCAAUGCAAUAAAUUAUAUGAAUAAAUUUU